UUGUUCGGUAAAUAAUUUUUUUAGGCUGCCUUGUGCAGCUUCUACACUAAUCCCCGUUCGUGAGGGUCCUGGUGCAACCUGAGACUUCGGGACCGUCUUAUUCGUAUUUCUCUGUACGUUUAACCUAAUAUGUCAACGCAAUUAUUGAUUCGAUUUGAAGGUCCCUCGGGACGUAGCAGUGCGUCGUUCUCUUUCUGGAGCGCCCACUCUGCACCGGACAACGAGAGCAGCUCGGUGAAUUCAACGAGCAGCCUCGAGACGACGGCCACGUCGAACGCGGCCAGCGAUGGGCAGCGGAUCGCCGCGUCCGAGAAGCGACGUUCCAAGUACGCGCUUCUGGCCACGCCGUUUCCCUGGGCCACCUGCGUGCCCAUGGCGGGACUGACGGUGCUCGCCGCUUUGCUCUUGCUGUUCGUGAUCGCUAUCGUGGUGCGAGCGGACAGGGUCAUGCUGCAGCCCCUGGUGACGCAGUACGUCGACGAAGGCGCCCUGGGGAAGUCGUGGCGCCGCGCACUUACCGCGAGCGACAGCAACGGCCUGGUAUAUACCAAAGGAGUACUGCUCGAAGGACGAACGACCCGAGUGUCCGGCGUCACCGUUACCAAAUUGGUGAGAAGGAGUGCCCGGAAGAAAGCCGCGACCUCCGUAAUAACAACGGCCCGGGCAAAGAGCUACGCGCGUCGCGCCAGCAAAAGGCUCUUGACGGGACACCGGAAAAAGGAGAGUUCGCGGAAGAAGCCCGCCGCUGGCGAGUACGGUGCUCAGGAUGACGAGCAGGACGCGCUGGUCUUUCCGUUUCGACGGCCGGCAGGACACCCUGUCCAGUUGGUGGCACCACGAUGGCAGGAAAUGCACUUCCUGGUCAUUCCCCUCGGGCGGCUGCCCCGGCAACGGGAGCAUGGUCUUCAGCACGGCUCAAGAAUGCCGGAAGCGGUGCGAGGGCCGGCAACGCGGACCGCGGUGCCGGCGUCCCGAGGUGGUCGCAUGCGGUCACCGCCACCUGAAGUACCCGUACUUCGCCUUCCGGGACGCGAAGGAAGGCCGCAUGCGGUGCCUGCGGUCUUCGAUGGCCGUGCUGCGAGGCCACCGGUGCCUGGCUGGCGCCAACCGCUUCCACAGUCACGGGGCCUGCGUCUCUUCGUGUAGGAAGCGGCCUCCAUCGCUCGGCUAGCUAUAGCUGGGCGCGUCUUCGCGUGAUUGGCUUCCUUCGCGAACACUGUACCUGUUCAUGCGGGAGGGCCUUUUGUUCUUAUAAAGUUUCGAGCUUUGCACUG